AUAGCCUGCCUUCGUUCACUCAGUCGGUCAGUCCUGCCCAUGAAGGUGACUAGGUGAGUGGUUUCUAACUUUCCAGAUUCAGGAGCAUGAGACGAGCGCAGUUUCUUUUUGUCAUUGUCGCUUGGCAAAAAAGGGAAUCACGUUCCCUGAGCUGUAAUUAUACCUAACCUAAUUGCUGUCUUAUCUUGUAUGUUUCGGUAAAGCACUGUGCUCACGCAUUUUCCCAAAAACCAUGCUCUGCUUCCUGCAAUAGCAACCGUAAUUUCCAUGUGAGCCGCCCGAAACUGCGAUUCCCGGAGGAACUCUACUUGUCACCAUUUCCAUGCAAUGAACCCAUCCGUUUCCUCAACUCCAAGCCCUCUAAAGCCAAUGCUUAUUCUUCUUCUCACUCCCAGAGCUCUCUGUAACAUGACCCUUCGCCUGCUGCUAGUCUUCUUCUUCUUUUUGGGUUUUGUUUCUCCGGUGAUUUCUCUGAACAGGGACGCCGAUAUUCUGAUUCAGGUCAAGAAUAGCGGGCUUGAUGACCCAUACGCCGUACUGGGGGACUGGGUUCCCACCAGUGAUGAUCCCUGCAAAUGGACUGGUAUUGCUUGUGAUUACAAAACACAUGCCGUUGUUUCCAUCGAUUUGUCUGGGUUUGGUGUUUCUGGUGGCUUUCCUUCAGGGUUCUGCAGGAUUCAGACACUCCAGAACCUCUCUCUCGCUGAUAAUAAUCUUAAUGGUAGUCUCACAUCAGAGUUAGUUUCCCCCUGCUUUCAUCUCCACUCUCUGAAUCUCUCUUCAAAUGAGUUGGCUGGAGAAUUGCCGGAGUUCGUGCCGGAGUUCGGUAGCUUGCUGAUUUUGGAUCUCUCAUUCAACAACUUCAGCGGCGAGAUUCCGGCCAGUUUCGGCCGCUUUCCGGCUCUCAAAGUCCUGAGAUUGUGUCAAAACCUCCUCGACGGUUCGAUUCCGUCAUUCUUAACGAACCUCACUGAGUUAACUCGGCUCGAAAUAGCUUAUAAUCCGUUCAAGCCCAGUCGCUUGCCUUCGAAUAUAGGUAACCUAACUAAGCUCGAAAAUCUUUGGUUUCCUUGCUCGAGCCUCAUCGGAGACAUACCUGAAUCAGUCGGCAGUCUCGUGUCGGUCACGAAUUUCGAUCUCUCCAACAACAGUCUCUCCGGUAAGAUCCCUGACAGUAUUGGCAGAUUGAAAAACGUAAUACAAAUGGAGCUCUACCUCAACAAUCUCUCCGGCGAACUGCCGGAAAGUAUCUCAAAUAUGACAGCUUUAGUUCAAUUGGACGCGUCCCAGAACAAUCUCUCAGGAAAAUUGCCGGAGAAGAUCGCAGGAAUGCCUCUCAAGUCGCUUAAUCUUAACGACAAUUUCUUCGAUGGGGAGAUUCCGGAAAGUCUCGCAUCAAAUCCAAAUCUACAUGAGCUGAAGAUCUUCAAUAACAGAUUUUCCGGCUCUUUGCCAGAAAAUCUUGGUCGGAAUUCUGCUCUGAUUGAUAUUGAUGUCUCUGGUAACAAUUUCACAGGUGACUUGCCUCCGUUUUUAUGUUACAGGAAGAGGCUUCGACGUCUCAUCUUAUUCAACAACCGAUUCUCAGGAAAUCUGCCGGAGACGUACGGUGACUGCAAUUCUCUAUCUUAUGUACGUAUCUUCAGCACUGAACUUUCGGGAGAAGUGCCUAAUAGGUUUUGGGGUUUGCCUGAGCUACAUUUUCUUCAAUUAGAAAACAAUAGAUUCCAUGGUUCCAUUCCUCCUUCCAUAUCCGGAGCUCAGAAGCUGACAAACUUUCUUAUCUCUGGUAACAAAUUUUCGGAUAAGUUGCCUGCUGAUAUAUGCGGCUUGAAAAGGCUGAUGUCCUUCGAUGGAAGCAGGAAUCAGUUUUCCGGCGAUGUCCCUGUGUGUAUAACCGACUUGAAGAAGCUACAGAAUCUGGAGCUUCAACAGAACAUGUUAUCUGGAGGGAUUCCAAGCAGAGUAAGCUCGUGGACUGAUCUGACGGAAUUGAACCUUGCAGGUAAUAGAUUCACAGGCGAAAUUCCUGCGGAGCUCGGAAAUUUACCAGUUCUAACGUACCUAGACCUCGCCGGCAACUUUCUCUCCGGAGAGAUUCCGGUGGAGUUAACGAAGUUAAAGCUCAACAUAUUUAACGUUUCCAACAACCUACUGUCGGGUGAAGUCCCAAUCGGGUUCAGCCACAAGUAUUAUCUCCAGAGUUUGAUGGGUAACCCGAAUCUGUGCAGUCCGAACCUGAAACCGCUCCCUCCAUGCUCGCGAUCCAAACCCAUCACCUUGUAUUUGAUUGGUGUUUUAGCCAUUUUUACAUUAAUACUUCUACUCGGAUCACUCUUCUGGUUCUUGAAGACCAGAUCAAAAAUAUUUGGCGGCAAACCCAAUCGCCAAUGGAAAACUACCAUAUUCCAAUCCAUUCGGUUCAAUGAAGAGGAAAUUUCCUCGUCAUUAAAGGACGAAAACCUCGUCGGUACCGGUGGGUCGGGUCAGGUCUACAGAGUGAAGCUGAAAACUGGUCAGACCAUAGCGGUUAAGAAACUUUGUGGAGGCAUGCGAGAACCAGAAACGGAAGCCAUGUUCCAAUCUGAGGUGGAGACAUUGGGAGGAAUCCGGCAUUGCAAUAUCGUAAAACUGUUGUUUAGCUGCAGCGACGAGGAUUUCAGAGUUUUGGUAUACGAGUACAUGGAGAAUGGGAGCUUGGGUGAGGUGUUGCAAGGGGAUAAGGGUGAAGGUUUGUUGGAUUGGCACCGGCGGUUCAAGAUAGCAGUUGGUGCAGCUCAGGGACUGGCGUAUUUGCACCACGACUGCGUGCCGGCCAUCGUGCACCGGGAUGUAAAGUCUAACAAUAUACUCUUGGACGAGGAGUUCAGUCCACGUAUAGCUGAUUUUGGGCUGGCCAAGACGCUGCACCGCGAGGUGGGCGAAAGCGAUGGGCUCAUGUCUCGUGUCGCUGGCUCCUAUGGCUACAUUGCACCAGAAUACGCUUACACGCUGAAGGUGACUGAGAAGAGUGACGUGUAUAGUUUUGGUGUAGUAUUAAUGGAGCUAGUAACUGGGAAAAGGCCCAAUGACCCCUCCUUUGGUGAAAACAGGGACAUAGUGAAGUGGGUAACAGAGGCUGCAUUAUCGGCUCCAGAAGGAAGUGAUGGGAAUGGCUGCAGCGGCUGUAUGGAUCUGGAUCAGCUUGUAGACCCAAGGCUGAACCCAUCUACAAGUGACUAUGAAGAGAUUGAGAAAGUUUUGGAUGUGGCUCUUCUAUGCACUGCAGCGUUUCCCAUGAACAGGCCCUCCAUGAGAAGAGUAGUCGAAUUGCUGAAGGGCCACACAUUGGCUCGCACAGAAUGAUUCUCCAAAAGCAUGGUAGUUUUAUACUUGGUUUCCCUUCACAGCACUAAAGUUUUUUUGUGAUACAGAUGUGCCAAACCCUCUAUAAGCAGCGUUGCCAUUAAUCUUGAUGAAUUAGUGAGUAUGGUUUGUACUUGUUUCUUGAAAUUAAGCCUACUACAUUCACCUCAGAAUUCAUGACAGAGGAGCUUGGCUCAGAAUUCAUGACGGAGUAGCUUGUGACUCUAAUUAACUUUAUAUUUUUUUCAGUGGGACAUGGUAAGACUUUAUCAUACAUUUUCAA